CAACCCACGUCCCACCUUGAGGAGCGGGGCGUCCUUACCGUCGAAGCCCCGCGAUGCCAUGGGUCGUCCUCUUUGGCGGCUUCUGGACACUGAGCCGCUAGAGGGCAUCGGUCCCGGCAGGGCCGGACGGCGGGCCCUGGGCUACCGCCACGCUCUCAAUGGCGCCCGGAAGGGGGCGGGGUGGCGACCGCAGUCGCUUUGGCUGUGGCUCUGCGGAGAAGGGAGGGCGGGCAGGUUGCGUCAUCAGUCUGCGCCACCCGACUCCCGAGACCGUGUGUUGGAGCGGGAAGUGAGGUGUGGGAAGCCGGUCGCUUUCUGAUGAAGUCAUUGGCUGUGGCCUGGGGACCGGAGGGCGAUCUAGCUCCUGGAGGCUGGCGCUUGCACCGUGACCCUCCGUCGCCAGAGGACACUUUGACGGAUUUUUCUGCCACGAGUGCACAUUCCGAAAGCAGGAGAUUGAAUUAGUUAUCAAUAAUGGGAAGAACCUACAUUGUGGAAGAGACUGUUGGCCAGUAUCUUUCAAACAUCAAUCUCCAAGGAAAGGCUUUUGUCUCUGGCCUUUUAAUAGGACAGUGUUCUUCACAAAAGGAUUAUGUGAUUCUUGCCACUAGAACGCCACCCAAAGAGGAGCUAAAUGAGAACCUCAAACAUCCCAAAGCUAAGUUGGAUAACUUGGAUGAAGAAUGGGCCACAGAACAUGCUAACCAGGUAUCCAGAAUGCUACCAGGGGGACUUUUGGUUCUUGGAGUAUUUAUUAUUACUACUCUAGAACUGGCAAAUGAUUUUCAAAAUGCCCUGCGCAGACUGAUAUUUGCUGUGGAAAAGUCUAUGAAUAGAAAGAGACUAUGGAAUUUCACAGAGGAAGAGGUCUCAGAACGAGUGACACUUCACAUUUGCUCUUCUACAAAAAAAAUACUUUGUCGAACUUAUGAUGUCCAUGAUCCAAAGAGUUCAGCAAAACCAGCAGAUUGGAAGUAUCAAAAUGGAUUAUCAACCUCAUGGCUUUCUUUAGAGUGUACAGUUCACAUUAAUAUUCACAUUCCACUUUCUACUACUUCUGUCAGCUAUACUUUGGAGAAAAAUACAAAGAAUGGACUUACACGCUGGGCCAAGCAAAUAGAAAACAGUGUUUAUUUGAUUAAUGGACAAGUUAAAGGUGAAGAUUGUGACCUAUUAGAGGGACAGAAAAAAUCUUCCAGAGGAAAUACUCAGACUAGUCAUUGUUUUGAUGUCAGAGUGCUAACACAGUUGCUCCUAAAUUCAGACCACAGAUCCACAGCCACCGUCCAGAUAUGCAGUGGUUCUGUAAACCUCAAGGGUGCUGUGAAAUGCAGAGCUUAUGUUCACAGCCAUAAACCCAAAGUUAAAGAUGCUGUGCAGGCUAUGAAGAGGGAUAUAUUGAACACAGUUGCUGAUCGUUGUGAAAUUCUAUUUGAGGAUCUGCUUUUGAAUGAAAUUCCAGAAAAAAAAGAUUCUGAAAAAGAGUUCCACAUCCUGCCUCAUCGAGUUUUUGUCCCCAUUCCUGGAUCCACUGUAAUGUUAUGUGAUUAUAAAUUUGGCGAUGAGUCAGCUGAAGAAAUCAGAGACCAUUUUAUAGAGAUGUUAGAUCAUAUGAUUCAAAUAGAAGACUUGGAAAUUGCAGAGGAAAUAAACACAGCUUAUAUGAGUUCCUCUAUGAAUAGUCAAGCUUCAUUGGACAACACAGAUGAUGAACAACCAAAACAACCAGUCAAAACUACAGUAGUAUUGAAAAUUCAGCAAAACAUAGGUGUGAUUGCAGCAUUUGCAGUUACAGUCCUUGCUGUGGGUAUCUCCUUUCAUUACUUCAGUGAUUAGGGUGAGGCACAAAGAGCUUCCUGAUCAUCCAGAGAACAUUGAUUAAAAAUUAUGAGUAAAAUACGUAAACAAUCCAUCUGUAUUUAAGAUAGUCGCAGCCAGAUCUGCUGCCAUAAUGCCUAUUAGGUGUGUUUCUGACUAAAAUGAACUCACCACCUGCCUUGUUUAGCCUGUUUAUGUUAUAGGUGGCCCAGGUUUCCAAAAAUAAAGUUAUGCAUCUAGAUGGAAGUUGCACAUAACAAAUCAUUAUUAUCUAUUUUUAAAAGGUUCAAAAUGAGGGGAUAUUAUUUAUCAUUAGAUGUUAGUCCUACUAAUCUAUCACAGAUUAAUCAGGACAUUAAAAAUUUGAACAGUGUUGACUCUAUAUCUUAGUAAUAGAGCUUUAGGAGAAAUUUCUACCAAGUGGAACAACGCUGGAGUAAGUUCAUCCUCUAGGACCUUUAUAAUAUGCAUUCAGUUCCAAUAAACUGUAUGUUUUGUUCUAAUCAAGGGGUAGAAAACCUUUCCAGAGAGGUUUGAAUCAUUAAAGAAUGACAUAAAUCAUGUACUUUCUCAGGUUAGUGUAUCAUAACAGUUUCAGUAUAUUUGAUAUAUAAAAUAAGACUUUUGCUUUCAGCAGUAUGUUAGACUAGAUACUGUAAAACAACUAGAUCCUGAAUAAAAUCUACUUUUGAACAGGCUCAAAGGAAGUAGGAGAAAUCUUCAAGAACCACACCUCUAUCUUUCCUCCUCCACAAAAAUGAACAGAUUUUAAGUUGGAAAUCAUGAAUAUUAUAUUAAGCAUAGAAGGAAACUGUGGUUGCCAGUAUGGCAAAUACCAAUAGCAGCUGCCACAUGCAGUUUGCCUCAAACAAGAAAGAAGGAGAAACCUGAAUCUGAGAUGCUGCUCUAGCCAGGACAGUUGAAGAAGGGUAAGUGGCCCUCAGUUUGUAGUACUCUAUCUCCUGGCAGAAGCAAAGGGGCAAAUCUUCCUAAUUUAGGUCUAAGAUUGCUAUAGAUUAAGAUCAGGUAGUAUUACUUCAUGACUACAGAUCACCAGGCACAGGCUGAAACUAGCUAGCAUGAGGAAGAACCUAUAGAAAAAAUAAACAUUGAAUUCAGUUACUCAAGGUCUCAUUAUCAACAUAAGAAAUGAAGGAUGGAACCACAGGCAGAUCUGAAAAAGAACCAAAUGGAACUCCUAGAAAUGAGAAAUAGAUUUAUUGAAAUAAGAAAAAAGAAACCCUCAGACACAUUGAACAUCAUUAGAAUCAGUUGAAGAGUCAAAUGAGCUGGAAGCUAGAUAUAAGUCAUUAUACAUUGAGGAACUAAGAAACGAGGAGUUACAAAUUAUUGGAAAGUUGGUAAGAACUAUAAAGACCAGGAGGAGAAAAUGGAGGAGAGGCAAUAUUUGAAGAGAUAACAGAAUUUUCCACAUUUUUUGGAAACACAUGAAUUCUUAAAUUCAGGAAGCACAGUAUAUCCCAAGCACGUGUUUAAAUAAAAUCCAUGCCUCGACCCAAGGUAGUAAACUGCAAGUUACCAAACACAAGAUUUUAAAAAUAACCAAAGGGGAAAAAAGGUCAUCAAUGAAGGCAAGACAGUCAGAUACUUAGUAGGCUUCCCAACUGCAACAAUGUACCCAAAAGAUGACAGAAUAAUAUUUUCAGAAUUUGGGGAAAAAUUAAUUAUCAGAAUUUGCACCAAAUACAACUGAAACACAUGGUCAGAUGAAAAAAAGAUUUUACCAUCAGCAGACCUUCAUUAAAGAAACUGCAAAAGGAUGAUCUUCAAGAAGGAAAAUGAUUCCCAAAGGAUGAUCUGAAAUUUAAGAAGUAAAUAAAAUGAUAAAUUACAAAUUUAAAAUGUUGUUUGCAUAAAACUAUCAUAAUGAAGGAAAUGUUUUUAAGAAAUUGUAAAUAAAUGUUAAACUAAAUAAAUAUUGUUACUCAAUGUUAA